AUGAGCAGGGAAAAGGUGAGUAUAGUGGAAAGUGAGAAGUUACGCGCAAUUCAAUCGGUGGCUCAAGAGCUCUUUGAAACCACAGGAUCUGUGGUCACAGAGGAAGCUGAUAUUUAUGUGCUCAUUGAUGGCUCAACAAGCAUUCUUCCUAAUGACUUUGGAGACAUCAAAAAUUUUUUGAAGGAAGUGGUUAAGAUGUUUAACAUAGGGCCGAAUAAAGUUCGCUUUGGAGCCGUGCAGUACUCACAUGUCAAAAGACUGGAGUUUGAACUUCAUGAAUACAACAAAACAAACGAUUUAGAGAUGGCCAUUGACAACAUUAGGCAAAUUGACGGGAAUACCUAUAUUGGAGAAGCUUUGACUUUCAUGCAGCCACUGUUCAAAAAGGCAAGGGAGCAGAGAGCCGGCAGGGUGCCUUGUCACCUCAUUGUCCUAACAGAUGGGGAGUCACAUGACAGUGUGAAGGAGCCUGCUGAGAGCCUGAGGAAUGAGAAGGUUAAUAUUUAUGCCAUUGGUGUAAAAGAUGCAAAUGAAGCACAGCUACAUGAGAUUGCAGGGUCAGAGAGCAGGACUUUCUUUGUGCAAGAGUUUGACUCUUUGAAAAACAUAAAAAAUGAAAUUGUUCAAGUGAUCCGUUCUGAAGAAGCCUGCAAAGAAACGACAGCUGACAUCAUGUUUCUAGUGGACAGUUCUGGAAGCAUAGGACCAGAGAACUUUUUGAAAAUGAAAAACUUUAUGAGAGAACUGGUGAACAAAUCUGACAUCAGCACAGACCGAGUGCAGGUUGGGGUCGUCCAGUUCAGUGGCACAAACAAGGAAGAGUUCCAGCUUGACCAAUACUUUUCAAAAAGUGACAUUUUCAGUGCUAUUGAUAGAAUGUCUCUUAUAGGGGAAAAUACACUAACAGGAAGCGCAUUGACAUUUGUGGCUGAUUAUUUCAAGCCUCCCAAAGGUGCGCGUCCAGCUGUCAAAAAGAUUCUUAUCCUGAUAACAGAUGGGGAAGCGCAGGAUGAAGUAAAAAGUCCAGCAAGAGACCUACGUGAUCAAGGUGUUGUUAUCUACUCUAUUGGGGUGUUUAAUGCAAAUAAAAAUCAGCUGGAAGAGAUUAGUGGGAAGCGUGAGCUGGUUUUUUACGUCGAGAAGUUUGAUAUUCUGAAGCACAUAGAAGAUGAGAUCAUCUUUGGAAUAUGCAGGCUUCAUGAGGAAUGCAAAAGGAUAGAAAGAUUAGAUGUUGUGUUUGUCAUAGAUGGAUCUGGGAGCAUAAGUCCCUUACAAUACCAAGCCAUGAAAGACUUCAUGAUUGCCUUGGUGAAGAAAUCUGAUGUCGCUCCAGAUAGAGUUCAGUUUGGAGCUGUAAAAUAUUCUGAUGAACCGGAAACGUUUUUCUACCUUAAUAAGUACACAGCAAAAUCCGAGAUUGUUGAGGCUAUCCAGAAUGACGUAACUAAAGGAGGUUCAACGUAUACAGCCAAGGCAAUUGGCUAUUCGGAAGCUCUGUUUGCUCAGGAGCAUGGCAGCCGCAAAAGCAAGGGAGUUCCACAGAUUCUUAUAGUGAUAACAGACGGUGAGUCCCAUGAUAAAGCACAGCUCGGUGACACAGCCAAGAGAUUAAGAGACAAUGGAAUUAUUAUCUAUGCUGUUGGGAUAGAAGGAGCAAAACUUGAUGAGCUUUUGGCCAUGACUGGAUCAAAAGACAAAUAUUACUAUGUGGAUACAUUUGAAGGACUCAAAAACACAUCUAUAGCAAUAUCAGAAAAAAUAUGUGAUGAUUCAAAACCAGAGUGUGAAAUUCAAGCAGACCUUGUUUUCUUGAUUGAUGGUUCCAAUUCUAUACGCCCAGAUGACUUCACCAGGAUGAAGAAUUUCUUGAAAGAUAUAAUAGAUCAGAUUGAUUAUGAUCACAAUGUUCAAAUUGGCAUUGCCCAGUACAGUGACAGGUAUAAAAAAGAAUUUGGCCUGGGUGCUUUUCAGAGCAAAUCAGAACUGAACAUUCAAAUUCAGAACAUUGAAGAGAUGACAGGAACUCAGACUUUAAUUGGAGCUGCACUUAGGAAGGUGAAGGAAUUCUUUACACCAGGCAGCAGCAGAAGAGUAACAAGAAAUGUCCGACCAGUUUUGCUGGUAGUCACUGACGGGAAGUCGUUUGAUGAUGUUGCUGAACCAGCAGAAGAUCUGAGAAGGGAAGGUGUUCAUAUAUAUGCUAUAGGAGUUGGGGAUAUUGAUCACUCACAGCUCAUGCAAAUAGCUGGUGUCUCAGAAAGGAAGUACACUGUUCAUGAUUUCAAUGAGCUGAAGACUAUUAAAAAAAGACUAGUUGAUGACCUAUGUAAACCUGAUGUUCCUACAAGUAUAAAUGAAUAA